GUCUUUUUCAUAGGAUUGGCUAAGCCAGUGAAGUUUGAUGAAAUCGACAAAGCUAAAGAAGAAAAAAAGCGAGGGAUUACAAUCAAUAUAGCUCACAUUGGAUAUGAAAGUGCAGCCAGGAGAUAUUCCCAUACUGAUUGUCCUGGACAUUCAGAUUUCAUUAAGAACAUGAUUUGUGGAACGGCUCAAAUGGAUGCUGCUAUUUUGGUGAUCGCUGCCACUGACGGUGUAAUGGCUCAAACUAAGGUGCUCAAGUAA